AUCACAUUUGAGUUUGAUUAUAUAAUAUGAUUUUAAGAGAAUAUGAAUAUAUAUUGACUCUUUUAUCACAGGUGUCACGUGACUCACGUGAGGCUGUGUACGGAAAACCUUCUUAUCCUCUCAGAGUCUCUUAUAUUAGGAUCGCUAUCUACUGCUUCACUGAAAUUGUCCUCUCAGUUCCUACGCGAAGUUUUCAACAGAUUCGCCGGAGAAUCUUCGAAUCAACGGCGGAGAAAUGGCUCUAUCACGCCUCUCAUCACGAUCCAACAUCAUCACUCGUCCCUUCUCCGCCGCCUUCAGCCGAUUAAUCUCAACGGACACAACUCCGAUCACAAUCGAGACUUCGCUUCCUUUCACAGCUCACUUAUGUGAUCCACCGUCACGCUCCGUCGAAUCAUCGAGUCAAGAGCUUCUCGAUUUCUUCAGAACCAUGGCGUUGAUGCGACGUAUGGAAAUCGCAGCCGAUUCGCUUUACAAAGCGAAGCUAAUCCGAGGGUUUUGUCAUCUCUACGACGGCCAAGAAGCUGUAGCUAUAGGCAUGGAAGCUGCGAUUACAAAGAAAGACGCGAUUAUUACUGCUUAUCGUGAUCACUGUAUUUUCUUAGGUCGUGGUGGUUCGCUUCAUGAGGUUUUCUCAGAGCUUAUGGGAAGACAAGCUGGUUGUUCUAAAGGGAAAGGUGGAUCUAUGCACUUCUAUAAGAAGGAAUCGUCGUUUUACGGUGGUCAUGGGAUUGUUGGUGCUCAGGUUCCAUUAGGUUGUGGUAUUGCUUUUGCUCAGAAGUAUAACAAGGAAGAGGCUGUCACAUUUGCUUUGUAUGGUGAUGGUGCUGCGAAUCAGGGACAGUUGUUUGAAGCUUUGAAUAUUUCUGCUCUUUGGGAUUUGCCUGCAAUUUUGGUCUGCGAGAACAAUCACUAUGGAAUGGGAACUGCUGAAUGGAGAGCCGCUAAGAGUCCAUCUUACUACAAGCGUGGUGAUUAUGUUCCUGGACUCAAGGUAGAUGGUAUGGAUGCAUUUGCUGUCAAACAAGCUUGCAAAUUUGCUAAGCAGCAUGCGUUGGAGAAGGGGCCAAUAAUUCUUGAGAUGGACACAUACAGGUACCACGGUCACUCCAUGUCUGAUCCUGGGAGCACAUACCGUACCCGAGAUGAGAUAUCUGGUGUGAGGCAGGAACGGGAUCCAAUUGAGAGAAUAAAGAAGCUGGUACUAUCUCAUGACCUAGCAACCGAGAAAGAGCUUAAGGAUAUGGAGAAGGAAAUUAGAAAAGAAGUAGAUGACGCCAUUGCCAAAGCUAAGGAUUGCCCAAUGCCAGAGCCUUCUGAGCUCUUUACCAAUGUGUAUGUGAAGGGAUUUGGCACCGAGUCAUUUGGACCUGACAGAAAAGAAGUCAAAGCUUCCCUUCCAUGAUCAUGGAGCUCUUGUUCGUUAAACUGCCACGUGUCAUGAGAAAGUUGGCUGAUAGAGAAAUCUAUGAAUAUGAAUAAAGAUCUGAUUGUAUACUCUCUCUCUCCCCCCCCUUCUGAACUUUAAUCUCUCUGUAUCUUUGUUUACAAACAUAAGGAGAAACAAUGUUAUUCUUGUGAAGCUUUAGUAGUCUCGUGUUUAAUAUUCAAGCAAUCGAGUUGAGAUCUC